AUGCAGAAUCUGACCGAGCUCCCAAGCAACACAACAUCCAGCACAAACCUGUCCAUGAUUGUGAAGGUGUUUGUGGUUAUCCCUUUCUUCCUUGUCUUCCUGUGCUUCAUCAUCCUCACGCUCUACACGUUUGCAUCUCACAGGCAGUUCUUUGACAGCUCACGUUACAUCCUCUUCACCUACAUGCUGAUCAACGACGCCCUUCAGCUUUUCUCCUCAGUAUUGCUUUUCCUGUUAGUUGUGGGCAGAGUGCACUUCGCCAUCAUCUUUUGCACCCCUCUUCUGUUCGUGUCCACCGCCACCUUCCUUAACACCCCCCUCAUUCUCUCCACCAUGUCCCUGGAGCGGUACGUGGCCAUCUUCUACCCCCUCCACCGUCCCGCCAUCUGGAGGCCGGAAUGGAUCUGGAUCAUCAUUCUGAGCCUGUGGGUCAUCAGCUGCAUUCUGCCCACUGUUGACUUCAUCCUCAUGAGGCUCAAACCGGGCGUGGAUGUCAUCUCCACACCCGUUUUGUGUCAAACCGUAGUGAUCAAUGCCUCGCCCAUCCAAUCCCUUUUUAAAGUGAGCCUGAACGGGAUCUUCUUCGCCAUGGUGGCCAUGGUGAUCCUCUUCACAUACAUCCGGAUCCUGCUGGAGACCCGGAGAAUGAGGCAGGACCGGGCGUCGGUGAGCAAGGCUCUCCACACGGUUCUGCUGCACGGGUUUCAGCUGCUCCUCAGCAUGAUGGCCUUUUCCCAGCCUGUCGCAGAGCUCUUGUUUACCCAGCAUGUCACCUUGUCUUCAGGAGAUAUGUCUUACAUCUAUUAUUUCUGCUUUAUUUUACUUCCCCGGUUUCUGAGUCCACUCAUUUAUGGUCUUAGAGAUGAAACCCUGAGGAGCUACAUGGUUAAAACCUUUCCUUGUUACGGUGCCCGAGUUGAGCCCCAGAAAGAAAUCAAAAUGACUAAAUGA